AUCACGUCAAAAUUUUGAAAACAAACAAAAACACGUGGACUUCAUAUUCAACUUUUAGUUUAUUUUUCCAUAAUUAUCAUUAAUUUUAAAAUGACUAGUGUAGAGAAACCCACGGAGGAAAUAUCAGAGGACUUACCACUGCAAGCAGAACCCGAAUUACCCAAAGAAACAGAGGAACCGGCAGAAAACAAUGAAUUUGCCUACAUCAAUCAAGGUUUCACUUCAGAAAUUUUCAAGAUUGAAGUUAAAAAUCUUCCAAAACAUUAUGGAAUGGGGGAACUGAGAAAACUGCUGCAGAAACUCAAUUUGGACUUUGCCAAAGUGAAAUUGGUGAGGAAGAACAAUCCCUGGAUUUACAUCUGUUUCCGCUCUAGUGAGGCAAGAGAUGCUGGAAUUAAAGUACUCAAUGGGAUGAAGUGGAAAGGUAAGGAAUUGAUAGCAUUCGAGGCAAAACCAGCUCCAGAUCCUCUUGUGAAGAAAAGAAAUGCCGACGGGGAACAAGGGAAUGCUGGGAAAAGACCGCGAACAAUCGCAGAAUGUACUACAGCCCUUGCUCAUCUGACGUACGAAGCCCAGUUAGUGCAGAAACAGUCAGAAGUCGAGAAUUUGCUGAAGAAAUUUUCAGGAGACCAAUGGCAUGCCUGCAAGGCGCAAAGGCAGGAAAUUGAGGAGCUAAGGAAGGAAUUUGGAGGACUUCCAUGCCAACUUGAAAAAAUCAGGGCAUCCCCGCUGGUAUCUGGCUACAGAAAUAAAUGUGAAUUCUCAGUGGGGAAGGAUCCUUCUGGAGAGAAUGUUGUGGGUUUCCGCUUGGGCAGCUAUGCAACGGGAUUUGUCGAAGUCUGUCCAGUCGAUGAACUUAAGCACAUUCCUGACCGUGUUAAGAUGGCUGUGAGACUGUUUCAGCAAUUUGUACGCUCGUCCAAGCACGAAGUUUUCAAUCCUGAACAACAAACGGGUGUCUUCAGGCAAUUUGUCACCAGACUAUCCUUUGCCACAAACGAGAUAAUGCUGAAUGUUGGGGUCAAUGCAAAGAAUCUAACAGAGGAAGACAAUGAGCAACUCAAGAACGAUAUCAAAGAAUUCUUCACGCAGAAAGAGGGAAAACUUGUCAAUGUAAAUUCCCUUUUCUACCAGGAAAUGCGCAAAAAGGACAAGGAUAAUAAGAAAGAUGCAAUGGUGCAUCUUCAUGGACAAACUCACAUUACAGACGAAAUUCAUGGAUUGAAAUUUCGCAUCAGUCCUGAAUCCUUCUUCCAGAUCAACACUCCGGCUGCUGAAGUGCUGUACAGUGCUAUCAUUGAAUUAGGAGCAGUCAGCAAGGAUACCACAAUCCUCGAUAUUUGCUGUGGAGCGGGUACAAUUGGAUUGUGCUUUGCAAAAUACUGCAAAAAAGUCCUGGGAGUGGAAAUUAUCGCUGAAGCUGUUGAGGAUGCUAAAUUCAAUGCGAAUGCCAAUUCUAUUGAGAAUUGUGAAUUCUUCGCCGGAAAUUCGGAUGAUUUUAUUUUCAAUCUGAUGAAUCGACCAGGUGUUUCAACCGGAGAUGUUUUAGCAAUAGUUGAUCCUCCGCGAGCGGGACUUCAUGAUAAGUCGAUUUUCCAACUAAGGAAUGCAAAAAAUCUUAAUAGAUUGAUUUAUGUAUCAUGUGCACCGAAAUUUGUAACGAAGAACUGGAUUGAUUUGAUGCGACCAUGCUCAAAGACAAUGAAGGGCGAUCCAUUCAAGCUAAAAAGAGCCGUGGCAGUGGAUAUGUUUCCUCAUACGCCCCAUAUGGAGCUUAUCCUUCUUUUCGAACGAUGAAGUACAGAAUAUCAAUGUGGGAUCUACUACUAAUGGCAUAAAAGGUAAUAAAAGUUAAGAAAUUUUAAUUUCUUUCUCUUUCAUAAAUAAUAAAAAAAAAUAUAUCUCUGUUCUAA